UAGUAGUAGUAGUAGUAGUAGUAGUAGUAGUAGUAGUAGCAGUAGUAGGUAAAAGUGGUGAUAGUGAUGGUGGUGGUUGUGAAGGUAAUGUAGAGAACAGUUGCAGACCAAAAGGAGAUAAAAACAUUAUAUAACGAGAUAGAAGAACAUUUACAUAAUUUACGGGCCCUUAUCGCUGACAGACAGAAAUUUGUGUAGCACCACCGAGUGAACAACACACAGCUGGGUCUAACUGGUUUAGCAAGGAAAAAAUUUGUGCAGCAGUGCUAAGGAAAUUUCUCUAGACGAGGGAGGUGUCCGACUGUCCGGUGUGGCGUAGACCGCGCAGUAGAGUUUUGGGUGCGAGUGUAACAGUCAGUGCACACGCUGGCUGGGAGUUAGUGGUGGUAGUGCUAGCCAGCCGUGUGCAGAAGAGUGCCAUUUCACAGGUGCAGGUACAGGUGUGCUCUGCGGUGUUAUGCUGGCAGUACUCCUCGUCUCCUGAGUUUCUGUCACCUAUUUACUUCAUUGCUAUAACGAAAGGUUAAGAAUGGCAGCCGCGGAGGGUGAGCUUGAGGGCGAGGGAUGCUGUAGCCUGGUAUACGUAUUGGUGGGUGUCGCGUCAGUGCUGUGGCUCAUCAGGAAGAUUGUCUACUCCACUCAAAGCAGAUGGUUCAGUUGGGUGAUGCACUUCUGUACCAAGGAUGUCUUUCCGGAGCUGGAGGAAGUCAAGAAGGAACACUUUGCCUCCAUGUCCUCCAUUGUCUCCCACGACCCUGCACUGCUCGACAAGAAGGCUAUUAGAAUCCUGGAAAUCGGCGUUGGUACAGGCGUGAACUUCGCACACUACCCUGAAGGAAGUCAUCUGGUAGUGGUGGAUCCUAACCCUCACUUCAAGUCUUAUUUCGAGGAGAACAGAAAGAGUUUCCCGCACCUUCAAGUGGAGGAUUUUGUCGUGACCACAGGUGAUCGCAUGGAAGCAGUGAAGGAUGAGUCAGUGGACGUGGUGGUGGUGACGCUGGUCCUGUGUUCUCUGCCUAGUGAGACAAUACAGGCCACCUUGAAAGAAAUCCAGCGUGUUUUAGUUCCUGGCGGGAAAUUUUACUUUAUGGAACACAUCGUGGAAUUUGACCUGAAGAAGUACUGGUGGCGGAGGAAACUGCAGCACGUCUUCACCCACUGGAUUCCCGUGUGGCCCUUCAUCUUUGACGGCUGCUGUCUGGACCGCGACACACUGCCAGUCAUCCAGCAGGCCGGCUUCUCCUCCGUGCACGCUCAGAAGUAUUACGCUCCUAUCCCAAGCAUGUUCUAUGAGCCGGAGCGUUCCAAUAUGAAGGGGAUCGCUACGAAAUAAUCCUCGACUUUGUUUUGCCUUCUCUCUCUCUCUCUCUCUCUCUCUCUCUCUCUCUCUCUCUCUCUCUCUCUCUCUCUCUCUCUCUUCUAAGGCAUUAUUGUGGAUUUCUGUCUUUUCUCCUCCUGCUUUUGUUUUCUCUGAGUCGAAACGUCCCAAUCUGAAGGGUGUCGCUACAAAGUAGUUUACCUUUUCACUUAGUUCUUCUUUCUCUCUCUUUCACACAGAGAACAUUUAUCGCUAAUUCAAGGCAGUUAAUAAUGACUGAAACUAACUAAACCUUACAUUACGCUACAGGAAGGUAAAUACUGAUGUGUACUCGCUAUGUUAAUUCAUUAUAUCUACUUCACUAAUCCCUCGGAAUUUUUCAUCGUAUAUUUUGGCCAUGAAAUAACUGAUUCAACACACACACACACACACACACACACACACACACACACACACACACACACACACACACACACACACACACACACACACACAC